ACCAGCGCGCCCACACACAAUUCGCCGCCGAUUUACGCCAAUUCUGCGAUUGUACGACGCGCAUUUCUGCCGCAUUUCGCCGACGACUUUCUCCGCGAUCCCGUUCGAAUUCGCGCGAUUAUUUUCUUGCGUGGGUGCGUGCACCGCCUCUGUGACAAAAACACUGCAGCCACUCCUGGCGCGCGAGGAGCAAAAAUGCGAUGGUAACACUUUGCGUGAUGUCAUCGACGAUGACGUAACCGAGCGGCAGACGAAUAUGAGCAGAGCAGCGCGCUGCGUGCCCGUACAAGCGACGAGGAUCGCAGACGAGAACGUAUCGGCGGAGUUACCGAGCAGCAAGUGCACACAGUCAAUGCCAGUAGCGUUAUCAUUAGCAGACGCGAGACUUGUUUCUUUCGGAGAGAAAGUUUUGUCGAAGUUUUCAUCUCUGACUUUAGUCAGCUGCUGAUAAUUGGACUGCGCUCUAAGCUCUUGGCAAAUGCUGAGAGAGAGGGAGAGGAACACACACAUGCAUGUUCAUCGUCUCGUUUCGCUCUACGUUUAACUAGAGUUGAAACAGUUGCUUUUAUUCUCUGUAUAUAUGUAUAUAUGAACACACAUGUGACAUAAAUACGACAGAGAUAAAUCGAAUCAAAGAGAGAGCGGAAAGAGCGCGCAUCUUAUAUUGCAAGCAUCAGCAUCAGAUGAUCACGAACAUGAGAAUGGAGGUUGGAGUUUCUAACGCGGCUGCGCGCUGCGUUCUACUGGUCCUAAUGCUACUGGGAUGCAUAGAGGCAAGACGGGAGUAUGUCAACUACCCAUGCACAGACAUCGGUGCCAUCGACCUGUUGGAGAAAGCCAUCCCGAGUAACCGACAUGUUCCCGUCGGGGUCGACAUCGUCUACGAUGACGACACUCGCUCGCAUGCGUACAAACUACGCAGCACGGCUUCCAAGCUGAAGUUCCCCGUAGAGAAAGCGUUGCCCGGAUGUGAAUACUUCCCGGAGGAAUACUCCAUACUGGUCACGAUGAAGGUCAACGAUCGCUACAGGAAGACGGAGUACAUCUUCUCCGUGCUAAGGGAGAAUCUGCGUGCCGUGAGACUGGGUCUGAGGAUCGCACCGGGCAUCGUUCUGUACGAGUACUCAGAUCACAAGAAGAAGCACAAGCGUCUGACGACCUUCUCCGAGCUGAGCAUCUUUGACUCGCAGUGGCACACGCUCAUCGUCACGGUGACGGGAGACGAGAUAUCGUACGCCGUAGACUGCGGCACGCAGCGCAGCAAGACAGUCAAGCGAGCCUUCCCCGCGCUCGUCGACAUCGAACACUCCGACUUCUACAUCGGAAACAAGAACCGCAGUCACGAUCGAUUCACGGGCUGCUCAAGAAUCUGGUUGCGUGUUCCGGAGCGUGCUCUACAACAAUGGUGUGGUUCCGAGCCGUUACUCGGCGAAGUGGCGGGGGUCGCCAGACCGUAUCCUUCCUGCUGGCGCCCCCGCGACCCGUGCCAGGACACUCCCAGCUUCGACGUCGCCAGGCCCGACGGCAAACGCUACACUGGCGCUCAGUCAAACCAAGGAGACGUUCCAGUUUUCGCCGCAGCCUCACUCCGUCUGCACGAAGACGGAUAACGGCAAGGUGAUGGUCGACAC